GCUCGGCGCCCUGUGCUCCCCGCCGCCCGCUCCCCGCGGCCGGGCAUGUAGCAGCGGCCGGCGCCGCAGCGGAAUAUGGGCGGGAACCACUCCCACAAGCCCCCCGUGUUCGACGAGAAUGAGGAAGGUGGCUGGACUUGCCAGAGUGGUAUUCAAGACUGGAAUGACAAAAGCCAGUUCUCCAGGGACCCCCUCCCACCCCCGCCUUGAGAAAGUUGGGGGCGCUGGAUAUGUAUGCAUCGUGCAGAAGCGGGACACAAAGAAAAUGUACGCGAUGAAGUACAUGAACAAGCAGAAAUGCAUCGAGAGGGAUGAAGUACGGAACGUCUUCCGGGAACUGCAGAUCAUGCGGGGACUGGACCACCCUUUCCUGGUCAACCUGUGGUACUCCUUCCAGGAUGAGGAGGACAUGUUCAUGGUGGUGGACCUGCUCCUGGGCGGAGAUCUGCGUUACCACCUGCAGCAGAACGUCCACUUCACGGAGGGGGCGGUGAAGCUGUACAUCUGCGAGCUGGCGCUGGCCCUGGAGUAUCUGCAGAGGUUCCACAUCAUCCACAGAGACAUCAAGCCAGACAACAUACUGCUGGAUGAACACGGACAUGUUCACAUCACAGACUUCAACAUAGCGACGAUCGUGAAAGGAGCAGAAAAGGCUUCCUCUAUGGCUGGGACCAAGCCCUACAUGGCCCCGGAAGUGUUCCAGGUGUAUGUGGAGGGAGGCCCCGGCUACUCGUACCCCGUCGACUGGUGGUCCCUGGGUAUCACGGCCUACGAGCUGCUGCGGGGCUGGAGACCGUAUGAAAUCCACUCGGCCACGCCCAUUGAUGAGAUCCUCAACAUGUUCAAGGUGGAGCGUGUCCACUACUCCUCCACGUGGUGCAAAGGCAUGGUCGCCCUGCUGAAGAAGCUCCUGACCAAGGACCCCGAGAGCCGUCUGUCCAGCCUUGGUGACGUCCAGAGCGCGCCCUACUUGGCCGACAUGAACUGGGAUGCGGUGUUCGAGAAGGCGCUGACACCCGGCUUUGUGCCCAGUAAGGGGAGAUUGAAUUGUGACCCCACAUUUGAACUUGAAGAAAUGAUCCUUGAAUCCAGGCCACUUCACAAAAAGAAGAAGAGGCUGGCAAAGAACAGGUCCAAAGACGGCACAAAGGACAGCUGUCCUCUGAACGGACACCUGCAGCAGUGCUUGGAGACCGUGAGGAAGGAAUUCAUCAUAUUCAACAGAGAGAAGCCCCGAAGGCUCUGCCAGGCUAGCUCCCACCUGCCAUGUGCAAGUAUCCAGAUGAAGGGCCCGGCUGCGUACCCCGGGAUGCUGUCUGAGCACCGCGUGGGCCCCUCCGGGUCCAGCCGCAUCCCUGCUCCACGAUGAACGUGGGAAGGGGACCACGUUGCAUCCACCGCCACCCUCUCUGCUGCAGUUUCUCAUCUGUACAAUGUCUCCGUUCGCGAGCACGGUGUGCCCCAAACCAAGAGUCUUCCUUCUAAACCAAGAGAAAAAAAUGGGACCUGUCUGUCGCCCACCCCAUUCUGCAACCCCGUGUUUAAAGCACCUGCCACGUUGGCACAUAGGACCUUCCUAUCUGACAUCAGCCAGUGGCCAGUGGCCUGACUGGGUAGGGGACCCGGAGACGCUGAGCCAGGCUCCCCGUCACACUCCCUGGGGCCUCACCGACCCCGGCAGCCUCCAGCGGCUAGCGGCUGUCGCUUUCCUUGUCGGCAGACUAGGCCAUCCGCUCACAGCACACUGGGCCAGGCUGCCGCUGUGCAGAGGGCUGCAGAGGGAAUCAGCAGGGAGCGCGUGGUCACAUCAGAAUCUCCCGGCUGGGGGAGGUCGGUGAAGCAUCUGACUUGGGCUCAGGUCCUGAUCUCAUGGUUUGUGAGUUCGAGCCCUACGUCGGGCUCUGUGCUGACAGCUCAGGGCCUGGAGCCUGCUUCUGUGUCUCCCUCUCUCUCUGCCCCUCCUCUGCUCAUGCUCUUUCUCUCAAAAAUAAAUAAACAUUAAAAAAAUUUUUUUUAAAAAUCCCUCAGUCAGGGGUAGGGGGUAUUAGCAUUGCCACACGUGUUAUGUGUUGAAUUGCACCCCGCAAAAAGAUAUGUUGGAGUUCUAGCCCCAGUAUCCUAGAACGUGGCCUCAUUUGGACCUAGGGUUGUUGCAGAUGUAGUCAGCUGAGAUGAGGUCAUGUCAGAGUCAGGGGCCCAUCAUCCAAUAGGACUGGUGUCCUGAUAAGACGAGGCACAGACACAGGGAGAAGGGCACAAAGUUCGCCAGCAGCCUCCAGAAGCCAGGGGAGGGGCCUGGACCAGACGCUCCCCACAGACGCUGGCGAUGUGUUACAGCUGCCUUAGGGAACGGAUACAGUGCCCUCUGAGCCAGAAGCUGAGAGAAUAGGCCUGGCGAUCUGCGUUUUAACAUGUUCUUGGUGUCAUGCUGAUCCGUACUUCGAGAACUUCUGCUAAGAGAGACCAAGCGUGCCCACACUGGGCCUCUUCUGGUUGGUUCUGAGCUGGCCACAAGAAUCCCAAUCUAAAACUGCAGACCUUCCCAGCCGUCUGUCUCCCUUGCUCUGGGGUUGGUGACCUGCAUCUCCGAGCCCUCACGGGCUUAAGGGCGCUCCCGGGGGCCUCACCCCUGCACGGCUGCCUGGUGUGUGAACGUGUGCUUCGUCAGCUAGAACGAGCUCUUGAGCAGACAAAAGUCCCCCCCCCCCCCAUACGAUGAGGAAGCUGUCCUCAGCAGGCAGCACCCGGGGGCAUCAGCCAGCUCCUGGAGGAGAUUCGCACUCAGUCCUUUAACAGAUGUGCCCUAAUCUCGGCCUGGACCCUGAGACACCAAAGUGGAUCCAGCAGGCCCUGUGUCCUUGCCUGCUCGUAGCUAGCACAGGCCACCGUGGGGAUGCGGAGGACAUGCCCCUGGGCCUGACGUCUCUGGGCCUCAGUUUCUAAAGAGAGGGCAAAAUUCAAAUUAGCACUGCCUAAUAUUCUAGAAACACAACUUUAUUGCUGAGCUGAGACCUCAACUGGCAAGAGGCCGCCGAGCCAGGUGGAGCAUCUGUUUCAGGGACUGGUCCAGGGAUGCGAAGGCCUGGGCAGCUGAGGCUCCCAUUAGUUUGAGAAAUGGCGCCGUGGGUCCUGUCCUCCUAUUUCUGGCCGGAGAUUCGAGCGCAGUCUUUCCAGAAGGUCUUUUCAAUAGCAUUUGGCAGAGGUUUGCAGAAUAAGGAGCCCCUGGUGAGAAAGGAGUUUCAGGAGCUGAAUUGCCUAUCUAUCUGUGUCAUCUUGUAAAGAAAUCAACAUUUUAAAAAUCACAUUAAAGCCACGUCUGGAGGCCCUAAAAAUGUUGUAUUUAUAAGAUGUGGGCUACUGCAUGUGUGGUACUUAUUAAUACUGUUAACGAUGGUCAGUGACGUUGGUGUAGGACUUUAUGGUUUCAGAUCAUGUUCCUUUAAUCCAGAUUUGUCAGCCUCAGCCCUGUCAACGUCUGAUGACUACUGACGUCAGUUGUUUGAUGUGGGGACUGCCCUGCCAGCUUUCGUGGCCUCUGCCCACUAGACACCAGUAGCACGACCAAAACUGACCCCAGACACGGGCUGAUGUUCCCCAGCAGACCAGUUGCCCCCAGUUGGGGCUCACUGCUUACUGCUUACUUGCCACACUUUUCCUGAGGGGCCAAUUAGCGUUCCCAACGUCUGCAGCUCUGAACUGGGAUACGAAGGAUUUGAAAUCUGAUCUUCCAACCCCAGACCCUGGGCUCUUUCUGCUGCGUGUGUGUUCAUCCAACUGUCCGGGAGAGGUUUACUCAGCAUCUCCCAGGGGUUGGCUACAAGCGGGCAUAGCCGGGAGCAAGCCCCUGUUCUCGUGGGGCUCACGCUCGGGUGGACUGAGGACCUGAAGGGAGGGGGUACUUUCCCUAAGUGGCGUCUUUGAGGUGGCCUCCAGCGCGUCCAGGCGGUGCAGCGGCUCGCGUGUAGCGACACCUUUUUAUUGGGCACCUGCUCCAUGCGAUGCAGUCAGUACGUCCAUCCUGUGGGCCAGGCGCUUUUACUCCCCCAUGUAACAGGGGAAGAGGGGCAGACGAAACGUGAGUCGAGGGCACAUGACUAAGAGGGCUGGGGUUCCAUGGAGGUAAUCAGGCUCCGGGGUCCAAGCACUAAAUCGAAAUGCAAAACGGUCCAUCGCCCUGCACAUUUAAUGCGGAACAAGGAGUUUCCACUAGCUCUGUAGAUGGCGUGUGUUGGUGAAUCCGGACACGUUCCAGGUGCAAGAUGGUACAAGUUAACGUGACAGCGGUCUGUCCUGCUUCACCAUCCUGAGAAAACACAACAGCGAGCCACUGCAGGCUCGGCUGAGGACAAAGGUGGGAGGCCUGGAACAAUGACAGGUGAAUAAUCAAAACAUGAUUAAAAUUUGGUGACCUCAUCUUCCCCGGGGGGGGGGGGCUCCCUGGAGACCCCAGGCAGUGAGAUAGGGACCCUCUAUUGCGGCCUGGAACUGCUGGGGGAAUGGAGGUUAAGCAGCGUGAAGUUAUGAUUCACUUCAGGCUUGGGAACUGGAUGAACGGGGCAGGCCCUGGUCCUGCUGCCCUCGGGGCUGUGAGCAUGGGGGCCAAGAGGGGUGGGGCGGGUCCCAGCCUCUCUGCCCCUCGGCCUCCGCAUCAAGGGCUGGCCUUGACUUUACAAGGUCUGUGCCAUUUGCAGAGGACUUUGACUCCCCUCUGAUCUCUUCCCCAUGGGGAAGGCAGGGAAAGGUUAUAUCUGCAUCUCGUGAAUUAAUCAGUAAAGGAGGAACCUUCACCUUCACCACUGGCACGGCCUCUACCCCCUUUGCUAGGAAGAGGCGAACUUCAAGGACCCCGCCUUCCAAAAUCAAGGCCAGUGCAUUUUGGUUCUCUCUAGUCUUUGGUCCAGUCUGUGUGGCCCCAGCGUCAUUUACAGGUGAGCAUAGCCAGGACAGGGAGCCAACAAAGAGCUGAGAGCACCUCCUUUCUAAACCGUGGGGUGGCGGGAGCACCCACAGCCCUCUGCUCAUUCCGUUCUCAUCACGGCUCCAUUCAUGGGAUUUUUUUUUCAUACCAUUUCACAGUCAGAGGAACCGAUAAAAGCCUGACUCUGUCGUGGCAUCUCUGAAUCUCAGAAGAGUCUUGGGGCUUUACUGCCCACUGAGGCAGAGAAGAAGAGCACAGACGACUGUGGUGGGUGAGGCCAGGCUUUCUGGGAUCGCUGCUCCGUGAAACAAGGCGGCGCCUUUCCAAAGCCCAGGAGAUGGUCAGGGAAGAUCAGCUCAGAGACCUGGAACAGCGGGAGGAAUUUCAGCCACAAUUGAAGGGGGCCCGGCAGGUGCUUGGAUUGCAGAAUCCUGAUAGUUGCAUGAAAACUCUGGAUCAGGAAAUCACACGGGAGGCGGGGCCCUCUGCCAAAUCCUUUAAGAGAAACUGAAGCCUGGUUUAAAGGGCUACUGAUCCUGGGGCAUGUGGGUGAUGCAGUCCAUUAAGCGUCUGACUCUUGAUCUCGGCUCAGGUCAUGAUUUCACUGUUCGUGGGUUCAAGCCCCGGGUCGGGCUCUGUGCUGAUGGUGUGGAGCCUGCUUGGGAUUCUCUCCCUUUUUCUCUCUGCCCCUGCCCCACUUGUGCUCUCUCUCUCUCUCUCUUUCUCUCUCUCUCCAAAAUAAAUAAACAUUUAAAAAAAAUUUUAAGGGCUACUGAUCCUGACACCUUCACCCCCCAGUGGAAGACCCCGGAAAAUACAGCAUGUUAGGUUUCCAGUGGGCCAAGAGGCAACACACGGUCCCUCACAAAUAGCUGAGUCCAUACAGCCCUGUUUCUCUUAGAAGCACAUGCUGUCACUGGUCUGCUCAGACUUCGAUUAUUUAAAGUCCCAUCUUCCUUCACCUGCAAUUAGUUCUCCAGAGUAAAAUAUGCCCAUUUUGUAUGGGAAUAUUUAUAGGCCUUAUUAAGUCCUUUGUGAAAGGAGGCUGUGUAUGAAUUUGAAAAUUAGAAACAGGGAUCUAAUGGUCUGUUUUGAAGUAAAUACUGUUGUUGUUUUAAUCCUGGUCUAAUUUUCUCUCUGUGCCAUCUAAGAAUCUCAUUGCCAGCCGAUUAAAUGAAAGAAUACUAUCGCUUUGUGAAUAUAUUGAAAACCUGUUAUAUGCCAUGCGCUGGGCUUGGUACAGUGACAUUUCAUCUGAAAUAAAUCCUCACCAUAACCCUGAUUUGUAAAUGUUGACAUCUAGAGAGAAGGAGUCAGGUGCCUGAAGUCAGCAGUCAGUGUUUUUGCAGAGUUGGGAUCCCACAUAGUCCGGGGGUUUCUCAAGCUCGUAUUCUUUCCACUGACUCUUACCUUUAACUGUUUUAAAUGUCCGAACUUUAAUUAAAAUAUCCAAGGGAAGCAAACAAAUGGUGUCACUCAGAAUGUAUGUAAAAAAACAGAAUACAAUGGAGGAGGGCACCUGUUGGGAUGAGCACUGGGUAUUGUAUGGAAACCAAUUUGACAAUAAAUUGCAUAUUCAGAAAAACAAUAAAUAAAUAAAUAAAUAAAUAAAUAAAUAAAUAAAUAAAAAACAGAAUACAAACAGUAAGAUGGUCUGAAAUAAGUGCUUAGAGGCAACUGGCAACUUCUCUGUGGGUCCUUAAUGUUAAUGCCCUCCGCUUUCUCUAGCUCUGGGCCGCCCCCAGAAUCCUUAUGAAAAAUCCUCAUGUUUUCCGCCUGAAAUGGCUCUUUUGUUGGUUGCCUUGUGUCCCCCAAAGGGAUAUGAUGAACUCCUGACCGCCCCCCACCCAGUACUGUAUUUGGAAAUAGGGUCUUUGCAGAAGUAAUCAAGUUAAGAUGAUGUCAAACUGGACUAGGUAUAUCCAAUGACAGGUCUCUCUAAGGAGAGGGACAUUUGAAGACAGAAGUGGCCACAAUCUGAGGGAUGCCAGGGAUCGCUGGCAAACACUGGAAGCCCGAAGACACAAGGAAGGAUUUACCCCAGGCCCCUGCGGACACCUCGGUGUUAGACGUCUGGUCUCCGGAACUUUGAGGGAAUAUAUUUCACGCAGUUGCUGGUACAUCACCAGGGAGCCGUGAGGAGCAUACACACCUGCCAGGGACCAGUGAAGGCUCCGUGCCCGGCAGUCAUUAACCCUUGAUUCCUCCCAAAUUUUAACCAAAAUGUUAAGCGUGCCUAUUAGUCUCAGAAAAGUUAUUUUACAAAGAGUGCAAACUAAAAAUUGUAGUGACUUCUGAAGUAUGGACGUUUGACAUGUAAAUGAAUUAGUGAUAUUUUAAUACAUUUAAUAACCAUACACAUAUGUGCCGUUGCUUCCCCUGGAAGACUUGUGGCCCUGGGAGGUCACAAAGACAGACACCAGCAUAAAUGGUGAGUUCUCUUGAGGCCCUCGUGGCUGCUAGGGUUGGAGAUAAAAAAGCAAAUGGCUUAGGUGAAAUGGGACUCUCGCUCGUUCCUCCUUCCAGGGAGUCCUGCUUCUCUGUACAUUGAGGUCGUUUUCUUUUACGGUAAACCCGUUCUUUCCACACAGUGGAAGACACAGUGCGGAGACCUCGAGCCUCGCACCUCUACCACCAGACCCAGGAAAGCAGACAAAAGAGGAAGCUGAAGGAAAGUCACCAAGGAGAAAGCUUGCUGGACCUCAAACGCAAGCAUCCCAGGAAAUGGCUCUGAUUGGCCCCACUUGGGUCAGGUGACAUUCCCUGGACCAAUCAAGUCUGGCCACUGGAGGAGGAUUCUGAUUGGCACUGCUUGCAUCAAGUGCCUGCCCUUACCCCAUCAAUAGCUAAGAGGAGGGAGGUAAGGUCUAUAAAAAGGCGUCGGCUCCUGUCUAGGCCGAGUUGUGCAAAGGCAAAACAAAGGCAGUGCUCUCCACUUGGAAAAUGGAUUGAUAGAGCCGAGUUAACUGAGGCCGGCAGAGGAGAGAAGAAGGAGUGGCGCAUGUUGAGGGCUAGGGCAGAUUAACAAAGGGCAGGUGAUCCCCCUUGACUUCCCAUCUGACCUCCUCUUCCUCUGGGAAGGUGGAAACAUGGCGACCGUGCAUGGAUGGGGGUGGGGAGGAUAAGCGGACAGACGGGGCUGACGGCCCAGGCACGGAGGUGAGUGGCCCCAAAGAGUACCCCUCCCUCGGGCCCCUCAACUGUCAAAGAGUUCAUUCCUGUCUGGAGCCACAGGGUUUCCCCAUGGCAACUCUCUGCAACCCAGAACCAGACUGAGGCCAUUACUCACCAACAGACCGGUGGCUGGACCUCCAGAUCCCCUCUCUGAGCCUACACCGCAUCUCAGCGGCUCAUGACGGAGGGUUUGUUUCUUAUCUGCACCGAAUGUCUAUGGCAGGUCAGGGCGGGGGGCGGGGGUGCUCCUCCCACAGCGCCAUCAUCCUCCUUACCCAGGACCCAGCCAGCAGCAACAUCGCUGGAGCAUCACAGUGACAGAGGAAAGAGACUCUGAGGGUCUGGCAACAGCACUGCUCCAGUCUGUUGGUAGCACUUUCUACUCACACUCAUUGGCCAGAAUGAGUCACACAGCCCGCCCAGCCCCGGGAGCCCCGAAGCGAGAUCCUGCCAGGCGCCUGGAAGCGGGCAGAUCAGAACGUUUGGUGACUGUCCAUCCACUAGGCUGCUGGCUCAGGCCUUUCUUGUGCACCCAAGCCAGUGGGGACCCAGGAAGUCUCUCCCGUCAGUCUGCUCAGACACAAAAGAUCAACCUCACCUCUAGACCCAGAGAGGAAUCUGCUCGGGCAGGAAGAAGCACGGGGCUGGGAAGGCGGGAAGAGCGGGGUCCUUCACUGGAGUCUGGGCUCAGGUCUGAAAAGCGUGUGACCUACCACCAGCUGCUAUAUCUUGACGGCCCUUUCUCCUCACCAGGGGUGCUGUUGGUUCUUCUCCAGAAGGUGGAUGCAGGCACUAAAUGAGGAGGUGUCGAGUGAGAACGCACACCCGAUACAUCUCAAUCCCCAUCACCCCCACGGAUGGCUGUCCCUGCUGUUUGCCCCAAGCCGAUCUGCUUGCAAAGGGGUGGAGAGAGGGGGAGGAUAGUACGACAAUCCGCUCCAUUUUGCUAUCUCACACCCUUGGUGCACACCCUACGUUUGCUUCAGGCAGCUGCAGAUAAAACAGAAUUGUAACGCU